GCAUACACAGCGGAUCACACCGGCCCACUUCGUCCCUCCACCGCGGCAGUCCUCAAGUUGCACUUUGUGUGACUGUGGGAGCCAUCAAUAUAUAUACUGAUCGUGUUCGCUCCACUGACAAGGCGAGGAAAAAGAAAGGUUUGGUUAGCACUAUCAACAAACAGAAGAGCCAUGGCGAAAGGCUCUGUCUUAGUAACCGGCGGCACUGGGUACAUCGGGUCCUUCACCGCCCUUGCUCUACUCGAGGCCGACUACGAUGUCGUCAUUCUCGACAACCUCUACAACUCCAGCGCUGAAGUGAUACGGCGGAUAGAGCUCAUCAGUGGCAAGCGGCCUGACUACUACCAAUGCGACAUCACCGACGAGAAGAAGCUUGACGAAGUUUUCGACAAGCACCCCAAGAUCGACAAUGUUAUUCACUUUGCUGCGCUGAAGGCUGUCGGCGAGUCUGGCGAGAUACCGUUGGAGUACUACCGUGUCAACGUCUACGGCACGCUAUGCCUGCUCAAGUCCAUGCAGCGGCACAAUGUGACCAACAUCGUCUUCUCGUCUUCAGCCACAGUCUACGGAGAUGCAACCCGCUUCGAGAACAUGAUACCAAUACCCGAAGAGUGCCCGCUAGGACCCACGAACCCCUACGGCAACACCAAGUUCGCAGUCGAGACCAUGAUCACUGACCACAUCAAUGCCGAGCGCACCAACGCCAAGAAGGCAGGCAAGAGUGGCGAAGCCUUCAAUGCCGCGCUACUCCGCUACUUCAACCCUGCUGGAAGCCAUCCAAGUGGUAUUAUGGGCGAGGAUCCGCAAGGUGUGCCGUACAACCUCCUCCCGCUGCUAGCUCAGGUUGCCGUAGGCAAGCGGCCGAAACUGCUCGUCUUCGGCGACGACUAUGCUUCGAAGGAUGGAACGGCCAUCCGUGACUACAUCCACAUCCUCGAUCUCGCACGCGGCCACACUGUCGCUCUCGACCAUCUCCGCACCCACCAUCCCGGCGUGCGGGCAUGGAACCUCGGUACGGGUAAAGGUAGCACCGUCUUCGACAUGAUCAAGGCAUUCUCCGCCGCGGUAGGCCGCGACCUGCCAUACGAGGUUGUCGGCAGGCGUGCAGGCGAUGUGCUUGAUCUGACAGCGAACCCAAGUCGAGCGAACAAGGAGCUCGGCUGGAAAGCUGAGCAUACGCUUGAGGAGGCUUGUGCGGAUCUGUGGCGUUGGACGGAGAAUAACCCGCAAGGCUAUAGGCAGGAGCCGCCGAAGGAGUUUCUGGAGAAGCUGCAGGCGUCGUCGGGCGCCAAGCAGAAUGGGACGAAGUAGUGGCGAGGCU